AUGGAGGCUCCUUUCAGCUUGACGAGGCUGGAGUGGUGGCUCCGGCAGAUCACGGCAAGGCGGUCGACGAUCUGUGCGGUGUCCAUCUGGCGGCGGGUUCGGCGCUGGAAGAUCAAGCAGAGCUGGUCGCGAACGGUGCAGCGCCAGGCGGUGGAGGAGGAGGAUUUUGAGUGGGGCUUGAUGAGGAAGUUGUUGGUGGCGGCGAUGAUCUCUUGGAAAUCACUCGCGGAGGCUGGAGAGGGAAGCGCUUGCGGAGUUCCGGCUGCCGUGGGAGUUACGGUAGAAGCUGGAGGUGGAGGCGGUGCUAGGGAUGAUGAAAUUGUCGGAGCCGGUGGAGUCGUAAGGGAGGAGGAGUGGUGUUGGGUUUUUCUCAAAGAAGGGGAUGGUCGUGGGGUGGGUGACGUCACUUUCCGGGACAUGGUCUUCUUGGAUUUGCACAUGGAGAAGAACAUACAUCGAAAUUCGAAAAGGGAAAUGGAGGCGGCGCCGGCGGAGCAGCUAAAGUCCCGCCGUUAG